AGCGUGAGAGACAUUCUCAGCGCUGAUUGGCUCGAAUUGGACAGCUGACCCGGGCGCGGCGUGCUGAUUGGCUGAAAGCUUCCCUCGCAAUGGUAUGAGGGCUCGAUAGGUCGUAUUUCUUGUUUACACAACUGGGUAAAUACCGAGCGGCAAACUCGAUCAGUCAUUAUAAAAUCGUUUUGUGUUUGCUCCCAUCAUUGUAUUAGAUCCUGAUUAAAUUAUGUCGUUUCCAGCAGAGUUUUUCAGUACACUUGUUAGUACAACAGCAUCGGCUGAAUCUACCCCACCAAACACAUCGGCUCAGUUUACAGGGCAAGCUGCUGCUUCAGAAAUCUACAAAUCCUUCCCCUACUUCCCCCAGUCCUCGGUGGAAUUUGCUCAGAACGCCGCCAACGGUAGACUCUCUCUAUCUUUCCCCCAGCUUCCCGGAAACUAUCGACUACCAGCUGAACAUGCAGCAGCCAUGCACUACCCAUCGUAUGCUGGAGGAGCCAGAAAACAGCGGAGAAACAGGACAAACUACUCUGCAAUUCAACUCAACGAACUGGAGAUCGUUUUCAGUAAAUCGAAGUAUCCUGACAUCUUCACACGAGAGGAACUUGCUUUGAGGUUGGGAGUUCCAGAGGCAAGGAUACAAGUUUGGUUUCAGAACAGACGUGCCAAGUGGAGAAAACAAGGACGACUCUCGGUCUCCGGAGACAAGGAAGAACAUGAGGUUUCCUCAUCAUCCCCCGGGCUAAAGGAGCAUGUGAAUGUGAAUGUGAACGUGAUGUCGCAAGAUCAACAACAGUCAGUGGUUAUGGACAUCAAGCAAGAGGACAAUAUUAACAAACAAGUUCAAGCUCAACAAAAGGGUAUAUCACCGGACACAACAAAUCUGAAGAUGGAAGCUGUGUACAGUAACUUUAGCGAGACUAAGGAGAUUAAGGAGAAUCAGAAGAAGAUCGCAGAGAGGUUAGAGGUAGAUAAAUGGGGAAUUCCUCCCAAUAUGAACAUCUUCGGUAACCAGCAAAUCUCCUGAACAGGUGACCUGGAAUUUAUUUCCUUGAUAAUCACUUCAAUGUGGGAAUUGUGAUGUUGUGUCCAUGGUUUUGGGCCGAAGAAACUGUAAGCAAUUAAGCAGCAAAAGACAUUUAAUGAUUUACGUAUGAAGUGCGAACUGUGGAUAGAUUUUAAGUUAGAAGUAGUAUAGUGAGAUAUUGCGAUAUUAUAAUUUAUUGAUUUCGCACACCAAAACUUUUAAAAUUUGAGCCGAAUUUUUUGGCUUUUUUCGUAAUGGUUUUUAAUUUUAUGGGUUUUUAUGAGUUUUUAAGGGUUUUUAAAGAUACAUAAUGAUUGCUUCAACAAAUUAGAGUAAGGAUACAAAUUUACAACUAUUAAUUAGAGUUCACAUUAACAUUACUCACAAAACUAGUUUAUUUAUCCUGAAGCACCUCUAAGCCAUUCUUUCUGGCUCAGUAGUUGACAGGUCAUUCAUACCGGAUUGGAUGAUGAACGAUUUGCUCCGCUCAAUUUGUACCAGUGAUUCCCUCAUGUUUGCCACGGUUAUUUCUGACGAAAGUAUCGUGAAACUAACUUAUUAGAUUUUACAGCAUUAUAGAAAAACACCUUUGUUCAAUUCAAUUUAAUGUUCAAAAUAAUCAUAUGUAUUUUAAGAUUGUAAAAUUCAAACUUGUAA